AUGCCAUCGACACGAAAUUUCGAGAAUCGAUUGAAUCAUUUAAGAUCACUUUGGGAAUCUCUUGAUCAUUUACUUGGUCCAAAAAAGUUGAUUUUUAUUGGUGCUGUAGCUUUAAGACUAAACUCAUUCUUUAAUAAGGUAACAUCAAAUCUACGUGAUUGGAUAAGAAUCUAUGCAAGCUAUUUAUAUGAAUCAGCUGAGAAUUUUUAUAAAACAGCGGAGAGAAUAUUACUUUGCACGACAGAAAUCAUUGCUGUUGCAAUAAGCACUUCUAAAUUAAUAAUGUUUCAGAAGAUUGGAAUACAUACAACUGAAUAG